UUUGAUUGUUAUUUUUUAUUUUAAAAUCGUUAAAUAUUGAACAACUAAAAUGAGUUCUGUAAAGAAAAAAAGCACAAUUUGGAAUCUUUUUACUGUUAUAUCAGAAACAAAAGUAAAAUGUGAUAUAUGUGGUAACGAACUUUCAACAAAGAACAAAGCAACCACUAACUUACUCAGACAUGUUAAAAAUAAACACAAUAUCGUUAAAGUACAAAAAAGUGUUCCCGCAGUAAGUGUGUGCAAAAAAGAGGAAAAUGAAGAAGACUUAGAUGAAUCAGAUAACGUAAAUACGUUCUAUGCUUACGAUAAUUAUAUACCAGAAACAUCGCAAAUAGAAUCAACGCCAGAAGUAUCGAUGAAAAUGAAAAGAAGCGCAGCAUGGAAACGUUUUACUCUUUUAAGUGAUUCACGAGCAAGAUGUAAUCAAUGUGGCAAAGAAAUUUCCAUAAAGAAUAAAUCAACCACAAACUUAAUUAGGCAUUAUAAGAAAAAACACUUGAGUAUACAAAUCGAAAAAACAUUUUCAAUGAAUGAGGAUAAUAUCGCCACAAAUGAAGAAAAUUCAUUUGAUGAAGAUCCUUUAGAUAUUAAACCAUCCAUUUCCCAAGAUUCACCACCACCGCAAAAGAAGUUGAAACCUAUUAAAAUAAGUUUAAUUCGAAACAAAGCGAUUGAUAUGCAGUUAUUAAAGAUGAUUGUUAAAAAUUAUCAUCCUUUUGAUAUGAUUGAAAAUGUAGAAUUUCGAAAACUGAUAUCAUUGUUGAAUCCUCAAUAUACAAUUCCCGACCGUAAAGCUUUGAAUACGUUAUUAACAGAGUUACAUUUGAAAAUUUCAAACCAAAUUCAUGAAGAAUUGAGAGCAACAAGUAAUUCUGGUGUAACAAUUACAACGGAUAGUUGGACAUCUAUAAACAACGAUCAUUUCCAAGCUAUUACCGUACAUUUUUUGGAUGAAAAUUUUACGCUAAAAAGUUAUUUAUUAGAUUGUUUUAGAUAUAACGAAGAGCACAGCAUUGAUGAUAUAUCCGGUGAAAUAAAACGUAUUUCUAGUGAAUGGAACAUAAAUGAAAAGAUUUCAGCAGUGGUUACUGAUAAUACAAAAAAUAUAUCUGCUGCGGUGGAAAUGUGCGGAUGGAAUCAUAUUCCAUGUUUUGGUCAUUCACUUAAUGCAAUAGUUCAAUCGGCACUUUUAGAAAUAAAGACCUUACAUUCAAAGAUUAAACUUAUUGUAGAACAUUUCAAUAGUAAUACACAAGCUGCGGAAAAUCUAGAAAGUAUUCAAAAACAAAUGGGAGUUCCAAUUCAAUUGAAAGUUGUUAAUGAUGUGAAAAUGUAUUGGAUUUCCACUUAUGAAAUGUUUACCAGAAUUUUAAGCAUUAAAGAAUCCAUUAUUUCCAUUUUAACGGACACCCAUCUAACAGAAAUUGAUUGGUUUUUACUAGAAAACGUUUGUGAAGUAUUAAAAUUCUUCGAGAAAAUAACUGUAGAAAUAAGCGCGGAAAAAUCAGUUACAAUAUCAAAGUUGAUUUUUUUAUGUGAUUUAUUACUUAGAAAGUGUUAUGAAUUCAAAAAUGAAAAUAUUCUAAAUGAAACAGUCGAAUCUCAUGAGUAUUUAAAGUUUAUAAACAAAAUCAUCGAACAAGUAGAAACAAAAUUGAAUUAUAUAGGAGAAAGUAUGAUAAUAGCGGAAGCAACACUUUUAGAUCCACGAUUUAAGAACUUUGGAUUUCAUGAUGAUAAUCAUUUCGAAAAAGCUAGACAAUCUGUUUUGAAUUAUAUGACUUCUUUGGAAGAAAGAAUCGGUUCAAAAGAUAGUUUGUUUCAUCAUGUGAAUGUAAAAACAGAAAGUGAUAGUUUAUGGAAUCAAUUCGACAUACAAACUAAGCAAGUAAUCCAAAAUAGGAAUCCACGAGAUGACGCCGUUCUUGAAUUAGAUAAAUAUUUACAAGAGCCGCUUCUUCCAAGAAGUGAAAAUCCAUUAAUUUGGUGGCAGCAACGAAAAAAUAUUUAUCCAAAACUUAUAACAUUAGUUAAAAAUCGACUUUGUGUUAUUCCAACAUCUUUACCACAUGAACGUAUCUUUUCGAAAAAUAGUGGGAUACUACAUGAAAACCGAAAUAGACUUAGUGGUUCAAAAAUCUCCAAAAUAUUAUUCUUAAACGCAAAUUUAGAUUUUUUAAUAAACUAAUCUUAAAAUACAAAUUAAAAAUUCUUAUGGAUUCACUCUGUAUGUUAAACAAUUCUUUGUUUUAAGAA